AUGUCUUCUCGAAGACCUGCCUCGGCUGAUUCGACGGAAUCCGGUCGAACAGGAUUGCCCUCGUUCAACCAAGCUGCCCAGCAACAUGCCCCGACGACCCCGAGCGGGCUGCGCGAGGCACAUACAAUAUCCCCAACAGAAGAUGCAGGAUAUGAAGAUGGCUUAGUUGCUGGCGGGGCAGGAAGCAGUUCGAAUCCGUAUUUUGCAGAGGUGCCUACGGAUCCUGUUGGAGACGACACCGCUGCCGUGGGGAUGUCUGGCUCUAGUGAUAUUGGGAAACGAGCGGUGACGGAAAAUACGUCCCUGUUGCGGAAACCGUAUGAGCUAGUUCCAGGGACACCGCACGCUGGGCCUUGUAAUCAUGGUACUUUCAGUCCUGGGUUGGGAAGCCGCACUGGCAGUGUGAGAAGUGGCCACAGCGGCUAUGGUUUUGGGGGACCAGUGUCCAGGAGUGAAUUGGAGAGCGUCGAGAGCAGCAGCAUAUUCGGGGGUGUCUUUGAGCGGUUCGGGUUGAAGAAUGGAUCUACCACGACCAAGAAAAAGAAGAGCACAACUAGGCACUUGGCGGAGCAACAUGGUAUUAACAAUACAACUACAAUGUACUUGUCAUAUUAUGUGCCCUUCUUCGCCUGGAUCCCACAAUAUAGAUGGUCGCAUUUUCGAGGUGAUCUGGUGGCCGCCCUCACGGUAUCAUCCAUAUAUAUACCGAUGGCCCUUUCGCUUGCCUCAAAUCUAGCGCACCUUCCGCCUAUCAAUGGACUAUAUUCCUUCGUCUUCAGCCCACUUAUCUAUGCGAUAUUGGGUAGCUGCCCUCAAAUGAUCGUUGGCCCCGAAGCGGCCGGAAGUCUAUUAGUGGGCAGCGUAGUUAGGUCGACCGUAGACCAUGGGGAGUCGCCAGAAGGUGAUGAAUUGACACAUGCUAGAGUCGCAGGUAUUGUGUCGGGUAUAGCUGGAGCAGUGAUAUUCAUUGCUGGUAUAACGCGCCUGGGAUUUCUGGAUAGCGUUCUCAGCAGGCCCUUCCUGAGAGGGUUCAUAUCUGCCAUUGGUUUUGUCAUUUUUGUGGACCAGCUAAUACCGGAAUUGGGUCUUGCAGAUCUGGCUACUGAGGUUGGAGGAGUCAACCAUGGAAGCAGUGUGGAUAAAAUAGGCUUCCUAAUUGGUAACGCGCAUCGAGCGUCGAAAGUAACUGCUGCCGUCGCUGGAGUAAGUUUCGCCGUCAUUAUGGUCUGCAGAGAGAUCAAGAGGCGUCUUCUGCCUAGAUAUCCUUCUGUUGCAUAUUUUCCAGACCGAUUUCUCGUUGUUAUACUGUCUGUCAUUUUGAACUGGCAGUUCCGCUGGGACAAGCAUGGUCUUGAAAUUCUCGGCGAAAUAAAACCGGCCUCAGGGAAUCCUUUUACCUUCCACUGGCCAUUCCAACUCCAGCAUAUGAAAUAUAUCCGGGAGGCAAUGGGAACUUCCUUCGUGAUUGCACUACUUGGCUUCUUUGAGUCAUCUGUAGCUGCCAAAAGUCUCGGUACUGGGGAGAACAUAGGUGGAAUCCAGGGCAUCCAACUCAGUGCAAACCGGGAACUCGUAGCCCUCGGUGUAGCCAAUCUGGUUAGCGGAUGUUUCAGUGCCCUGCCUGCAUUUGGAGGCUACGGACGGAGCAAGGUGAAUGCCAGUACCGGAGGUAAAACUCCGAUGAGUAGUAUCUUUCUGAGCAUCAUUACUCUUACCAGUAUCUUGUUUCUUUUGCCGUCCCUGUAUUAUCUUCCUAAAGCGGUUCUAUCCUCAAUGAUCAGUGCGGUGGCAUGGUCUCUCAUCGAGGAAGCUCCACACGACAUCUUGUUCUUUAUCAAGAUAAGAGGAUAUACAGAAUUGGGGCUGAUGGGCAUCAUAUUUGCUGCGACAAUAUUCUACUCGCUCACCCUCGGGAUCGCCAUUGGUAUAGGCCUAUCCCUCAUUUCAGUCAUUAAGCAUAGCACUCGUCCGCGUAUCCAGAUUCUGGGAAGAAUACCAGGCACAAACAGGUUCGAGAAUGCAGAGGCGAAUCCGGAUAAGAUAGAAUUCAUUGACGGAUGUUUAAUCGUCAAGAUUCCGGAACCAUUGACGUUCGCAAAUACGGGGGAUCUGAAAAACCGACUGAGAAGACUCGAGCUGUAUGGUACGACAAACGUCCACCCUGCAUUGCCCAGAGUCCGGUCACCGGAACACAACAAAAACAUCAUUUUCGAUAUCCAUGGGGUGACUGGCUUGGAUGGGUCUGGAACGCAGGUACUGUAUGAGAUCGUUCGCGGAUACAGAGACCGUGGGGUUACAGUAUUUUUCUCGAGGGGGCCGGCUGAGGAUAGCCCAAUCUAUGAACUCUUCCGCCGCAGUGGUAUCAUCGAAGCCUGUGGAGGCCAGGAUCACUGGGUUUCCGACGUGGGAGAGGCAUUGCGACUUACUGAGGUGGAAGAUGCCCUGGAGGGUGACUGGAUAUGA